AUGGUAUGUGAGGGAAAGCGAUCAGCCUCUUGCCCUUGUUUCUUCCUCCUGACCGCCAAGUUCUACUGGAUCCUCACAAUGAUGCAAAGAACUCACAGCCAGGAGUAUGCCCAUUCCAUACGAGUGGAUGGGGACAUCAUUUUGGGGGGUCUCUUCCCUGUCCAUGCGAAGGGAGAGAGAGGGGUACCUUGUGGGGAGCUGAAGAAGGAAAAGGGGAUCCACAGACUGGAGGCCAUGCUUUAUGCAAUCGACCAGAUUAAUAAGGACCCUGAUCUCCUCUCCAAUAUCACUCUGGGUGUCCGGAUCCUUGACACAUGCUCCAGGGACACCUAUGCUUUGGAGCAGUCAUUAACGUUCGUGCAGGCAUUGAUAGAGAAAGACGCUUCUGACGUGAAGUGUGCUAAUGGAGAUCCACCCAUUUUCACCAAGCCUGACAAGAUUUCUGGUGUCAUAGGUGCUGCAGCGAGCUCCGUGUCCAUCAUGGUUGCUAACAUUUUAAGACUUUUCAAGAUACCUCAAAUCAGCUAUGCAUCCACAGCCCCAGAGCUAAGUGAUAACACCAGGUAUGACUUCUUCUCUCGGGUAGUCCCACCUGACUCCUACCAAGCGCAAGCCAUGGUGGACAUUGUCACGGCACUGGGGUGGAAUUAUGUGUCAACACUGGCUUCUGAGGGCAACUAUGGAGAGAGUGGUGUGGAGGCCUUCACUCAGAUCUCGAGGGAGAUUGGUGGUGUUUGCAUUGCUCAAUCACAGAAAAUCCCACGUGAACCAAGACCUGGAGAAUUUGAAAAAAUUAUCAAACGCCUGCUAGAAACACCUAAUGCUCGGGCGGUGAUUAUGUUUGCCAAUGAAGAUGACAUCAGGAGGAUAUUGGAAGCAGCAAAGAAGUUAAACCAAAGUGGCCAUUUUCUCUGGAUUGGCUCAGAUAGUUGGGGAUCCAAAAUAGCACCUGUUUAUCAACAGGAGGAGAUUGCAGAAGGGGCUGUGACGAUUUUGCCCAAAAGAGCAUCAAUUGAUGGGUUUGAUCGCUAUUUUAGAAGCCGAACUCUUGCCAAUAAUCGAAGAAAUGUGUGGUUUGCAGAAUUUUGGGAGGAGAAUUUUGGAUGCAAGUUAGGAUCACAUGGAAAGAGGAACAGUCACGUAAAGAAAUGUACAGGGCUGGAGCGAAUUGCAAGGGAUUCAUCUUAUGAACAGGAAGGAAAGGUCCAGUUUGUAAUUGAUGCAGUGUAUUCCAUGGCUUAUGCUCUGCACAAUAUGCACAAAGAUCUCUGCCCUGGAUACAUUGGCCUCUGCCCACGAAUGAGUGCUGUUGAUGGCAAAGAGCUCCUUGGUUAUAUUCGGGCUGUAAAUUUUAAUGGUAGUGCUGGGACACCUGUCACUUUUAAUGAAAACGGAGAUGCUCCUGGACGUUAUGAUAUCUUUCAGUAUCAAAUAACCAACAAAAGUGCAGAAUACAAAAUCAUUGGGCACUGGACCAAUCAGCUUCACCUAAAAGUGCAAGACAUGCAGUGGGCUGAUGGAGAACACACUCACCCGGCGUCUGUCUGCAGCCUGCCCUGCAGGCCUGGGGAGAGGAAGAAAACGGUCAAAGGAGUCCCUUGCUGCUGGCAUUGUGAGCGGUGUGAAGGUUACAACUACCAGGUGGACGAGCUCUCCUGUGAACUUUGCCCUCUGGAUCAGAGACCAAACAUCAACCGCACAGGCUGCCAGCUUAUCCCCAUCAUCAAACUAGAAUGGCAUUCCCCCUGGGCUGUGGUGCCUGUGUUUGUUGCAAUACUGGGCAUCAUUGCUACCACCUUUGUGAUUGUGACCUUUGUCCGCUAUAAUGACACACCUAUUGUAAGGGCUUCCGGACGAGAACUUAGUUAUGUGCUCCUAACAGGGAUUUUCCUCUGUUAUUUGAUCACCUUCUUAAUGAUUGCUGCGCCAGAUACAGUCGUAUGUUCCUUCCGCCGGAUCUUUCUAGGACUUGGCAUGUGUUUCAGCUACGCAGCCCUUCUUACCAAAACAAACAGGAUCCACCGAAUAUUUGAGCAGGGGAAGAAAUCAGUCACAGCACCCAAGUUUAUUAGUCCAGCAUCCCAGCUGGUGAUCACUUUCAGCCUCAUCUCGGUCCAGCUCCUAGGAGUGUGCGUCUGGUUUGUUGUGGACCCCCCCCACAUCAUCAUUGACUAUGGAGAGCAGCGGACUCUAGACCCGGAGAACGCCAGGGGAGUGCUCAAGUGUGACAUUUCUGAUCUCUCGCUCAUUUGUUCGCUAGGGUACAGUAUCCUCUUGAUGGUCACUUGUACUGUUUAUGCCAUUAAAACGAGAGGUGUCCCCGAGACUUUCAACGAAGCCAAACCUAUUGGAUUUACCAUGUAUACCACCUGCAUCAUUUGGUUAGCUUUCAUUCCCAUCUUUUUUGGUACAGCACAGUCAGCAGAAAAGAUAAUUGACUCGGUGUCUCCAGUUCUUGAGACCAUGUCCAUGCAGCACCCCAACUGGAUGUGUUUUCUCAAACACAGAGACUUACCCCAGGGUAGUCGAUCGUGCAGAUUAAGUACCCUAAAGAGGGCAACCAGAAUCUGUAGGACUCGGAGAAAGAGAAGAGAGAAUUGUUCCCGAGGCAACAUGUCGCUACCUUCACACAUCGAGCCAGAAAUACUGGAAGCAAGUGAGGUGUCAUCAGAAAGAAAUUGCUGA